GAUAUUUCAUCUACAUAUGAAGAAGCAGUUCGCUUAACUGCACAAAAUGUCUCUCAAACUCAAAUUUCUCAAUCAGAAAUUCCUCGAAUUCAAGGACAAGAAAAUGUUGAUUAUCUUUAA